GCAACCUGGCAUGGCAGGGACACUGUGUAUGCAAUAGCCAUCGUGAUUAAUACAAUUAACUAAUUAUCCAAUCAGAUUGAAGUAACCUAUACUGAAAUCUUAUCUUGGUCAAAGGUAUCUCAAUUAUUCACUUUUUUGUUUUAAGAGCUGCUGGACGCACCUAAAAUUUUACAAGAAUUCAAUUUACCCGAUGCCAGUUUAUCUUCAAUUCUUACGGAUUAUUUAGAAUCAUCUCAGAAGUAUUCAAGAUGCCCAAACAGAAGAAAACAAGUUCAACCAAAGUGUCAGAACCAGUGGCUCCUGGAAGAAGGGCGAGGAAUGCCAGUAGAGCCAAAGCACCCACUGUUGAGAGCCCAGCUGUAGAGGCCCCCAAAAUUCCAACCGCUAAUGAAAUUGCUACGGCAUUAAUUUCCAAUCUGAGCAGGAGCCAGGACACAACGCUGUCAUCCCUACUAACUCAAUUGAGGGGGAACCAAUCCACAGAUGGACAAGUGACACAGGGCCAAGCCGAACACAUGACAGUUGAUGAUGCAACCUCUUCCCAACCCUCAUCGGUAAACGGAGCCUCGUCAGUCUUAGGAAGCACAUCGCAUGGCUCCCUGGUUAAACAAAAAUCCAGUAACGGUUCCGCAACAUCUCUUGACACUGUAACAAACAAGCUUCUGCAGGCAUCACUAUCAAACUCCACAAGAGCUUCUUAUCAACGCAUGCUCAACUGCUAUGAACAAUUCUGUCAGGAACAUUUCCCACAGUCAUCCGUGCUGCCUUCUACUCACAUUAUGAUUGCUCAUUUUAUCUCUUACUUAUUCAUAAAAAAUUAUCAACCCUCUACAAUUGCAUCUUUCGUGUCAGCGAUCAGUUACGUGCACAAAAUUAACUUCAAACAGGACCCAACAGAUUCAUUCUUCAUUAAAAAAGUUUUAAAAGGAGUACAAAAUCUCAGGGGAUCCUGUGAUAGCCGAUUGCCAAUUACAAAGGAAAUACUUUCCAAACUUAUCUCAGCAACAGAGUUUGUCGUUCAUGGCCUGUACAAUCAAUUAUUGUUAAAGUAAAUGAUGUCUUUGGCUUUUUACUGUUUUUUAAGAGUCGGGGAAAUGGCACUAAAAUCUAGCUCUGAUAGGAAUAAGGUUCUGCAGUUGUCAGAUCUGCAGUUUGAUUAUUCUAUGCAAAUUGCAACAGGAAUGACAGUAAAAAUGCAAUAUUACAAACACAGCAAUUCUCAGACUAAAUCAAUAUUUAUCCCCAAAAAUUGUAACAAUCAGA